CAGAGAGAGACCCAACGGCCACUCUCUUUAACCUGUCUCACCAACUCACAUCUAGAAGCAAUUAGGGUCUUUCAUCUCUCUCUCUCUCUCUCUCUCUCUCUCUCUGUUCUGUCCCCUCUCCUUUGGAGUCAAAAGCCUAUAAAACCACACCCCAACUCCUUCUUGAGCCGGCUUUGUUGCUGCAACACAAGAAGCCGCACACACAUAGGUUUUUUCCAAUUCCAUUCUAUCUCAUAUUCUAAAGUGAAAACACACACAGAAAUUGAACUCUCAAGUGUGAUGGGAAGGUCCCCUUGCUGUGAGAAAGCUCACACAAAUAAAGGUGCAUGGACAAAAGAAGAAGAUGAUAGACUCAUAUCUUAUAUUCGAGCUCACGGCGAAGGUUGUUGGCGCUCUCUCCCCAAAGCCGCUGGCCUUCUCCGAUGCGGCAAGAGUUGCCGUCUCCGGUGGAUCAACUACCUCCGACCCGACCUCAAACGUGGCAACUUCACUGAAGAAGAAGAUGAACUCAUCAUCAAACUCCAUAGUCUCCUUGGUAACAAGUGGUCUCUUAUAGCUGGAAGAUUACCCGGAAGAACAGACAACGAGAUAAAGAACUAUUGGAACACUCAUAUAAGAAGAAAGCUUCUGAACAGAGGAAUUGACCCUGCAACUCACAGGCCUCUUAAUGAAGCUACAAAUCAAGAAUCUGGUACUGUUACAACUUCUUCUACAACUACGAUUUCUUUUGCUAAACAAGAACAAGACAGCACAAACGUUGUUAAAGGGUCUGUCUUAGAACGUUGCCCUGACUUGAACCUUGAACUAACCAUUAGUCCUCCGCGUCAACACGAACCUGAUCAACCAUUCAAGGCCAUCGAGAGAAGCCUUUGCUUCGUUUGCAGUUUGGGUUUGCAGAAUAGCAAAGAUUGCAGCUGUGGGAUUGGUAACGUUGUUGCCAACGUUGGUGCUGCCAAUACUGCUGCUGGUUCUGUUUCGGCUUCUGCUUAUGAUUUCUUGGGCUUGAAAACGGGGGUUUGGGAUUGCACAACCUUGCAAAUGAAAUGAAAUUAUGUGGUUAAUUGGUUAGUGUUGGAUGAGAGAAGUGAGAGAAUGAAAUUCAUUUAUUUUGAAAUUUCUCUCUUAGUUUCUUUUCUUCUUCUCUUAUUUGUAUAAAUAAUUAGUUGCUGAUGCAUAAUAUAUAGUACCAGUACAGUUCAACAUUAUUACCCAUUUUUUGCCUUUAUUUUUG